GAGACUCGUGAUUUAAAUGGGGGUAAACUGACGCGUUGUCUUCUUGGUUUUCCUCUCUUUCAGGAUGGACCAGUGGAGAUCCUACCCUUCCUUUACUUGGGUAGCUGUUACCACUCUUCCAACAAAGAGGUGCUGGAGUCGCUGGGAAUCACCGCGGUCCUUAACGUCUCUUCCAGUUGCCCCAACUACUUUGAAGGACACUUCCUGUACAAGAGCAUCCCAGUAGAAGACAAUCACAUGGCUGAUAUCAGCGUAUGGUUCCAGGAAGCCAUAGAUUUCAUCGAUUCCGUGAAGGCCAGCGGUGGGCACGUGCUGGUACACUGCCAAGCAGGCAUCUCUCGUUCCGCCACCAUCUGCCUCGCCUACCUCAUCCAGAGCCGCCGGGUGCGGCUGGAGGAAGCCUUCGAUUUCGUCAAGCAGCGCCGCGGCGUCAUCUCGCCCAAUUUCAGCUUCAUGGGACAGCUCCUGCAGUUCGAGACCGAGGUGCUCUGCCACUAGCCGGCGGCUCCUCGCCGCUCUGCAGAGGAGGAAGCCAAGAGGGGGCUUCUUACGGACCACAGAUUUGGGGAGGGGGCCCCUGUUUACAUCCCAGAUAGGGGAGGAGGGAGGGGGGAGCCACGCGCUGGGCACUGGCCUCCUCCUUUCCCUUCUGCCGCACUCCUUGGUAGCAAGGACUUCCCAAAGUGGGAGGGGCGCCGAAUUGCCCUUCCUGCCCCACCCAACCCU